GCGCUGUUCUCACCGCCAGACAUGCUGAUUUUAGUCUACCCUCAGACAUCGUAUCCUUAAUUCAAGCCAGAUCCUCAGUUCAAGCUACUUCUGCCUCGCAGUUAUUGUACCCCACUUUUCACUUCCUUGUGAAUGGUGCAUCCUCAAAUUGUACUUGAGUAGGUUGCUCCAAGCUCUCUCUUUACCUCCGUCGAACCCCUCCAAGGAAACCUCCUACCCCGCCAAGCAUUUUGCCAACCUGUCGAACAUCUUCGAAACCUACGCUCUUGCCUGGCUAUCUUUCGGCUCGGCCGCUACCGUUCCCCAAACCCUUGAAGGCCGAGGUGUUCAACGUACAGCAACGUCAAAUUUUCGAGCGGGAUGUCUGUUUCCAUACAGGAACUGGACAACACCGUCCGGGCCUUCUAUGAAGGCAAGGGCGAUCUGCAAAAACAAGCCCAGCAGACUUUGACAGAAUUCAAAGCAAAUGAAGACGCCUGGAUGCUUGCAGCGAAUAUUCUUCAGGAAUCUUCAUAUCCACAAACCAAAUACCUGGCUCUUCAAGUCCUCGACGAUGUGAUCAUGACAAGAUGGAAGAUUUUACCCAGGGACCAGUGCUUAGGCAUUCGAAAUUUUGUCGUCCAAUUUAUCCUCAACAGCUCCGAGUCUGAGGAAAAGCUGAGGAGCGAACGCGCCUUGUUGAAUAAGCUUAACUUGGUGCUGGUUUCAAUCCUGAAGCAAGAAUGGCCACACAAUUGGCCUACAUUCAUAAAUGAUAUCAUUACAUCGUGCCAUACAGGUCUCUCAAUUUGCGAAAAUAACAUGGCUAUACUUCGCCUAUUGUCCGAAGAAGUUUUCGAUUUCUCGCAGGACCAAAUGACUUCCGUGAAAGCGCGGAAUCUGAAGACCUCAAUGACCCACGAAUUCUCCUCCAUCUUCCAGUUGUGUUCACAGGUAUUGAGUACCGCGAAUCAACCGAGCUUGAUAAAGGCUACACUGGAGACCCUCCUUCGGUUCUUGAACUGGAUUCCGCUCGGAUACAUUUUCGAGACUUCUAUUAUCAACACCCUUCUGGAGCGCUUCCUGGAUGUUCCAGAGUUCCGCAACGUAACUCUCAAGUGUCUCACUGAAAUUGGUGGGCUGCAGAUUGGUAACCCCUAUAAUUACGAUGAUAGGUUGGUUCACAUGUUCACAGAGACCUUAACGGUUGUCUCCAGAAUCAUCCCUUUGUCGAUGGACCUGAAGCAAACAUAUUCCAAAAGCAAUUCCCGAGACCAGGAGUUCGUGCUCAAUCUAGCUCUUUUCCUUUGCAGCUUCUUCAGCGCUCAUCUCAAUCUUAUCGAGAAGCUUCCAAACCAUGACUACCUUACCCACGCCCAUUUCUACCUGAUCCGUAUCAGUCAGAUUGAUGACAGGGAGGUGUUCAAAAUCUGUUUGGAAUAUUGGACAAAGCUGGUGCAAGAACUUUACGAAGAGAUGCAACAGCUCCCGAUUACUGACAUCAACCCAUUAGUGAGCAUGGGUGUAAGUGGGUUGUCAAAUGGAGGCGCGCCGCAUCCAAGUACCCUGGCUAACUACCCUGCUCUUCGUAAACACAAAUACGACGAGGUCCUAUCCAGUCUACGUACCGUCAUGAUUGAGAAAAUGGUUCGGCCUGAAGAAGUCCUUAUCGUGGAGAAUGAUGAGGGCGAGAUUGUUCGCGAAUUUGUCAAGGAGAGCGACACGAUCCAGCUCUACAAGACGAUACGCGAAUGCCUGGUGUAUCUCACUCAUUUGGACGUUAUUGAUACAGAAAACAUCAUGAUCGAGAAGCUGGCCAAACAGGUCGACGGGUCCGAGUGGUCCUGGGUCAAUUGCAAUACCCUUUGCUGGGCAAUUGGCUCUAUUUCCGGGGCCAUGAACGAAGAGACCGAAAAGAGAUUCCUGGUUAACGUCAUCAAGGAUUUACUGGGUCUGACCGAAAUGAAGCGUGGCAAAGAUAACAAAGCCGUCGUUGCUAGUAACAUCAUGUACAUUGUGGGACAAUAUCCAAGGUUUCUGAAAGCGCACUGGAAGUUCUUGAAGACGGUGGUCAACAAAUUGUUUGAGUUCAUGCAUGAAACGCACGAAGGUGUCCAGGAUAUGGCUUGCGAUACUUUCAUCAAAAUUGCCAACAAAUGCCGCCGACACUUCGUUGCGCUCCAGCCAGGCGAGAACGAACCAUUCAUCGAAGAGAUAGUCCGCAAUAUGAGGAAAAUCACCUGCGAUCUCUCACCCCAGCAGGUUCAUACUUUUUAUGAGGCUUGUGGUUAUAUGAUUUCCGCUCAAGGCCAAAAAGGGCUACAGGAUCGAUUGAUUGAGAACCUCAUGUCGUUGCCCAACGCCGCCUGGGACACUAUCAUCGGACAGGCCACUCAGAACCCUCAAGUCUUGGAAGAUGGCGAGACAAUAAAGAUCGUUGGGAAUAUUAUGAAAACAAACGUGGCUGCUUGCUCUUCGAUCGGAACCUAUUUCUAUUCUCAACUCGGGCGUAUCUACCAUGACAUGUUGAACAUGUUCCGGGCUUCCAGCCAGCUCAUCAACAAUGCUGUUGCACAAGAUGGUGAAAUCGCAACCAAGACGCCCAAAGUCAGAGGGCUCAGAACCAUCAAGAAAGAAAUCUUGAAGCUCAUAGACACCUACGUGCAAAAGGCCGACGAUUUAGAAAUGGUGAAUGUUAGCAUGGUACCACCAUUACUUGAGGCUGUUCUUGUGGACUACAAUCAUAAUGUCCCUGAUGCACGUGAGGCCGAAGUUUUGAACGUCAUGACUACGAUCAUUCAUAAGUUGCACAACCUGAUGGAGGAUAAGGUUCCUCUGAUUAUGGAAAGUGUCUUCGAGUGCACACUGGAAAUGAUCAACAAAGACUACCAUGAAUAUCCGGAGCAUCGAGUGCAGUUUUUCAAAUUGCUGCAAGCAAUUAACCUAUAUUGCUUUCCAGCCCUGCUCAAGCUUCAACCUGCGCAGUUCAAGAUUGUGAUUGAUUCCUGCAUGUGGGCAAGUAAACAUGACAAUCGUGAAGUUGAGACCACCGGCCUUACAAUGUGCCUCGAACUUAUCAACAAUAUGGCGGAAACGGACCCUCAAACAUCGAAUGUCUUCUUCCAUCAGUUCUUCCUCCAGAUUUUGGGGGAUGUGUUCUUUGUACUUUGUGAUAGUGAUCACAAGGCCGGCUUCAAGUCUCAGGCAAUGCUUUUGUCGCGCAUGUUCUACUUGAUCGAGUCCGGCAAAGUGCAACAGCCUAUUUAUACUGCUGACAAAGCGCCCUUGGGGACUACCAACAAAGAUUUCUUGCAGAAAUAUCUGGCGGAUGUUUUGAUAGGCGCAUUCAAGAAUCUUAAAGAAAUCUCAGCCAGACAAUUUGUCGCUGGCCUAUUCACUUACAACGAUGACUUCAAUAAGUUCAAGACUCAUUUACGGGAUUUCUUGAUUUCCUUGAAAGAAUACUCGGGUGACGAUGCCGAGCUGUAUGCCGAUGAAAGGGAACAGGCAGCGCGAGACGCCAAGGCCGCUGAACGGGACCGUGCAUUGAAAGUAGGAGGGCUGUUGAAGCCGUCGGAAAUGGAUGAGGAUGAAGAAAUCUGACUGGAAAGGGAACUACGCGCGGAGUUCUCUGGGUCUUCGGAUGCGGAGAGAAACUCCGAUGCCUUGGCAUGCGAUGACUUGUAUGAUGGCUGGUCGUAUUAUGGGUUCUGAUACUAUUCAGAACCCCAUGUCCGCGAACAUCUCACUUGGGACCAACGUCAUCUUCCCACAUGUGCCUACGUUCGUCUCUCUAUGGUUUACGGCAAAGCAACCCUAAAUCAAAUGGAGGCUCCCUCGAUCUGAUUGACACCCGCCAUUUAUUAAUUCUUGUACACAGUUGUUCCGUUCCAGCGGGGGCCCAGAUAAAUAUCAUUUCUUGUUACUGGCUUGGAGAAAG